GCACCACAGGCGAAGCAGCAACCAAAGCCUUGCACCUUACACUUGCCUACCAGUUCCCACCAUCGCACUUCUCUCGUCUGGAGUCACUUGUUGAUAUUGUGGACCCGAGAGCACCUGCAGCCUGGGAGGUGCGGCUCUACUCCAGGGACACCCGGAUUGUAGGAAAUGAGGUCCACAAAGUCCUAUAUUCUCAUGUCCCUCGAGAACCAGAUGAACUUGAGCUGCUCAUCGGCGAUUUUGUUUAUGUUAAUGGAGACGGUUUGGGUACAUCACCUGAUGGAUGGGUUGAAGGAACAUCGUGGCUUACUGGGAGUACAGGUUACUUGCCUAUUAACUAUAUUGAACGUACAGCUGAAUCAGAUGCAUGGACACUUCACAAGGCAAUUCCAGUUAUAGGCAACUCCGGUUUAGAAGGGCUGGAAACGGCAACUUUCCCACGCCGUCCCCCAAUUUCCUUGUCUUUGCUGAACCUUCUUGAAAACAGUGAAGGCUCAAGACGCUCAACUGAAGUGCUUUCAGAAUCAUCAUCAAUGGAUCGUUUACAUUCUCGACAGGCUUCCUUAGAGGCAAACCAAUCACCUUUGUUGCCAAAAUAUGAAGCUUUAGAUGCUCUUUAUGCCAAGGUGAAAAAGCCAAAGAAAGAUGCUCCCCUUUACAAGUUUCCAAUUGAAGGCCCGAGAAAGAUCAUCGUGGCUCGUCAUGGGGAGAGAGUUGACUUUACCUUUGGCGACUGGAUACGCUUUUGUUUUGAUGAAACAGGAGUUUAUACUCGUCGAGAUCUGAACAUGCCAGAAAAACUCCCAUGCCGGGUAGGAGCACCACACAGCUUCUAUAAAGACUGUCCUUUAACAAAUAUUGGCUUGCUGCAAGCCACUCUAGUGGGACAAGCUUUGAAAAACUCCAGUACAGAGGUGCAUCAUGUUUUCUGUUCCCCAUCUCUGCGCUGUGUUCAGACAUGCACCAAUAUUUUAAAAGGAUUGGGUAUUGCAGAACGAAUGCCAAUUAAUAUUGAGCCUGGCCUGUUUGAAUGGCUGGCUUGGUAUCAAGAUGGUUUACCUGUUUGGAUGACUUUAGAUGAGCUGAUUGAGGCAGGGUUUAACAUAAAUCGUAAUUAUGACCCCCUUAUCCGGAAGGAGGAGGUCAAGGACACCCAUGAAAGUUGUGAGCAGUAUUAUGGAAGAAAUGCUUAUGUGACCCAGAGUAUUAUUAAUACAACUCAAGCUCAAGGAGGAACAAUAUUGCUGGUUGGUCAUGCAGCGACCUUGGAUACGUGCACACGACAGUUAGUUGGAGGUGCGCCAAGAUCAGCCCACGAGAUGACAUCUAUUAUCAAAAAGGUUCCCUACUGUUCCUUUUCCAUUGUGGGCCAGGAGACGUCUGGCGCCUGGUCGCUCCUCGAACCUCCCUUCCCUCCUGUGACCCACUCGGCAAAUAUGAGAUACGACUGGAAGGUCCUCGUCCCGUAGUUGUUUCCGUCCCUUCCCUCCCAGUGUCGAAUAAGUGUAAUGUGAUUAACAGUUGGAAGCCCUUUCUAACCAUGGCUUUGAACUCCAAUACUCUUGAAUGGCUUGGAAGAUUUAACAAGUACAGUUUUUGUCUGCUACCCUGAUGGUUGAAGAGAUGAAGAUUUGUCCAGGUAGUCUUAUGAUUUGUAGAGUGGCAGAGAUGUGGUGCUGUGUUAUCAUUGGAAAGAUUUUUUUAUUUUGUUUUUUUUUUGUGUAUGAUGGGUCAGAUGAUGUUCUUACUAUAUAUAUCAUAUAAUUGCACCAAAAAAAAUCAUGGAGAGUUAAUAGCUCACAGAUCCUUUUAUUUGUUCUUUUUCUGUAUUCAAAACAAAGAUAACUGAGGUUAUUGUUGUUUUAGAAAGAAAUUUUCAAAGAGCAGGUAAAAAACAAAUGAGUACUUUUAGAUUACGAAAAUGCCAGGUUAUUUAUAUGUUUUGGAAUUGCCCACACUUCCCUGGAUUAUUCAGUCCUUUUGGUUUGAACAAUUAUCUCUUUACUUGCUCAGUCAUUCCCUGAUAGAGGGACUAUUGUCAGUCUUCAGGAUGCUAUUUUUCAUAUGCUUCAUGCUUCUACUUUUUUUUUUUUAGUCACCCAAUAAUCCUAGUAGUGGAACCAAUGGUGGAUAUAAAGAUAUCUUGAAUAUCCCUUCUCAUAUGGCAUAUAGUACAAACAGGCUUAGAAAGGGACCAAGAGGAUUGUAUAAACCACUCUGAAGGAAUUGCUCAUUUGCCAUUGAAUAUAGUCUUAACACAGCUGUACACUUGACAAAGAAGAAGUCUUGAAUGGUAAGGAACUGAAUUUGCAUGUUUGAUGUUUUAUGCUCAAGGCUGAGGAUAUAAGUAUUUCAUCUUAUUAAGGUUGAAGACACACUGCAUUCCAAAAUAUAAUGCUGAUGUACAUUUAGGUUUCAUUCACCUAGUCACUCAUGCUUGUAAAAUAACAUUACUUUGGCACCAGACUGGAAACUUUGCAACAUGUGGCUAAAAUCAGAGUUUCUCACUUGAAGUAUGAGCAAAAAUGUUGAGAAUAUGAUAAAGAUUAUCUUAAGCCUGACCAUCUCAAAAUUUAUUGUUUUAGACCAAAUUUAAAUAACUGAUGUUAUUAUUAGGAAAGCGAGUGUAUGUGCUGCACUAGUGCACAAGAUUCAAGUUCCUGAAGAAUGGUGACAAAGGAAAUGUAUAGCAGAACUUUUUAAUCUCCCAUAGCCACAAGUAUUUAACUGCUUUAACCACAAAAAUUCUUACACACAAAACAGCUUCUCAUUUUGCAGACUCUCCAGCUUAGGCUUCAUGUCAAGAGUUUUGGCAUAAGAAUGCAAAGGAUGUAGCUUGCAGCUUCUCCACAGGAUAGCUGAAUAACAUUUUAAAAUAAGUAAUGUAAUUUUUUUGCCAGGAAUUUUGUUGAAUUUCUUUUGUUUUCAUUUGAAUGAAUAUAACUAAUUCUGUUGCAUGCUAUCAUUGUUUUAUGUUUUGUAAUUCAACUUCAAUAAUUUUAACAAAUACUGGAUAAUCAUUACCAAUUCUUUUUAAGUGUUGAGAUAUAUAUUUUUAAUAUUCACUUAUUAUAGAUAUUGAGGGAUCUUACAUAGGCCAAAAACUCCCUCUGUACUUCUGAAAUUGGCUUGCCAGUUGAGAGAGGAAACCUGUAAUUCAGGAAUAGUUAAGCUUGUAGUUUUUUUAUCAUUUAAAGUGUAUGAUGUUGCCCUCAGAAAAGGUAAUUGUCACAGAAGCUAAUUUAGCCAAAUUUUUCAGCUAUCUUUCACCCUACUGUUUGUGAACUAGGAGAAAUGAGAACACUAUAAACAAGUGAAUGAACCAAAAGCAAAAUGUUCCUUUAGACAUGACUGAUCAUCUGUCAUUAACAUGAUGGCUCUGAUGAAAAGUAACAUUAUUAAUCAGUACACGGAUCAAGGGCAUUAAUAUACCUUUAUUCAGAAUUUUCUUUCAUUGAUUGUUGUUUUUAAGUUAGAUAUUUUAUUUCACUAUAUGCAUGUUUUCAUUUUAUGAGUAGUAUUCUAGAAAAGAGAGUUAAGAGAUCUUUAUUGUCAUGGUUUUUAUCAUGUAGGUCAUAGGUCACCUGACAGAAUAUUUAAGCAGACUUUUAGAAAUUGUUGUCAGGAUAGCUCAUCAGGAGUAUAUGGAUUAUGUAUAGCCACCUAAAUCACAUAUUUUUUUAUAUCUGCUUGUGAUUCUUCUUUCCCCAUCCCACUCCCCUUUCUGUCCCCUUUAACCCCUAAAGGACAAAAUUGGCAAUUGUUGUUCUCAGGUAUGUGUGAACACUGGGUGAACACUGCAGAAGGCAUCUCCCCAAACAAUUCCAAAUUAUUCAUAUUAGAAGUAUAUGAAUUAGAAUAAUUUCAGGUCAAGUAAUUGUGUAUGAAAGAAGACAGAGAACAAAUUGCGUUUUUUUCUAUUGUGCGUGCACAUGUAGCUCCAAACUCUGUGAUACUUCAGGGGUUAAAACAUUUUAUUUUCCUCAGCCAAUAUUCAAAGUUUUAGUGUAUUUGUACAUACUUGAGUAGACUCUGCCCAGUGAUAGUGAGAGAAAGACAUGCGAGUCUGUAGCCUCACCCACCGCACCUUACCACCGAUGGUUUGUGAUUUUUAUUACAUUUGAUUGUUGAUGAUUAGAAUGAUGAUAACUUAGGAUAAUUUGAAUAAACUUGUUAUGUAAUGAGUUAUAGUGUAUUUUGAAAUACAGUGAUUUAUGAUGAAUAAGUGUGCUCUCUUAUUGGAGAAUUUUUGAUGCAAGAAAUUUAUGAUGACUUUAUUUCAUCAGGAGGCUAUUUUAUUUUUUAUUUUUUUUUAAGAUAUUGCCAUUGUUACACUUUCGAUUGUAUGAUGUAGUUGUAUCAUUAGGUGUACAUUUUUUUCUUUUUGUCAUUCAAUUGAAAACCUAGAAGACUGGAAUGAAGGUACUCGAGUUCCUUUAUUGGUGUCAUCUUGCUUUCAAACCAGUUGUGGAAAAACUUUCUGCACUAAAUGUAUGAUCAUUUGCAUGUGUCUGUGAAAUGUGUUGUUGUAUUCCCAUAGGAAAUCCUUUGUCUGGCUGACCUGUUUGGCCUUUAAUGAGCCAAAUAUUUUGUGCGUCUAUUCCAGUUGGUCAAUCAUAUUUGCAGUUUUUACCUUUAUUAUAAGGGUUAAUGUGAUCUUUGCCUUAUAUUUGUCCUAGGAGCGUUAAUUAUGGCAAAAGAUGGGUAGCUUAGAGUAGCAUGAAUAGAGCAUAACUCUUAGCUGAGUAUUUGAAUUGGGAAAAUGAGAUACUGUAGGGCAGAAUGUGUAGAUAAUUGAUUGUUGUGUGUUGAAUGGUUACUAAAGAGAACAUUUCAAAAAGAUGUAGAAAGAGAAUGUGUAAACAUUGGCUUUAAUCAGUAUUCACUAGAUUAAAAACAAAAAUGGAAAAAAAUGUACUGUUGUGUCCCAGAUGACACCUUUAAUCAGAAUUCUUAAGCGUUAAUGAGCAUGUGAGUAAGUGCUUGUUGUGCAACUUGCUUUCCUUCGAUAGUAAACAUGGAGAGUUCAUUUUUAUUUUCUAGUCACCUGUUACCACAGUAUAGAUUUAGCUCCUAUGAUCCUCUGUUGCAGAUCAUAUUCAGAUUCCUUUGUCUUUCUCAUUUGCUUUUUUUUUUCUUCCAUUUUUCAUUUGAAAUGACUUGGCUUCUUAUUCCCACCAAAGUAUUUCAUGUUGAAAUGUCAUGGAUAUUUCACUAGUGAUUAUUGUCACAAACUGUAUAUAAUAUUUUACAUCCUGAGUGAUGAGUGAGCAGACAAUUCAUUCACUCUUUUCUAGCUUGGUUACGGAUGCUUUGAGAGUCAAAGUGUACACUUGUUCUGGUUUCUGUGUUUACUGAAACCCCCAAGUUGGAAUGCUGAUUCAAGUAAUGGCCAUUUUUGCACUUUCUUGACUUAGUGAUACUUCAGCAAAAGUAUUAGUAUUUAUGAAAAGCAAGACAUCUGUGAGGGACAUCCCAGUGAAUUCGACCAUCAGAUUGAUAUCCGUUAAGGCCUACAAUGACAAUGUUAACAAUGUAGAAAUACUCUAGCCAUCUAUGUAAAUGAUGAAGAAAUGAAUAUUACGGUGCUUUAAA